AUGGCUCUCCGUGGUACAAGAAUCUCGGCUGACAUACUGCCCGAGGUGCCUCCUGGCCUCCGCGCAGCUGUAGCCAAAUCGCACCUCAGCAAGUAUCUCGAGGAAAAGAGAGCCCGCGUCAAGAACCAGGACGUGGCACCUCUUCCUCCCUUCUCGCUCCCAUCUCUCGAUGAAGCUCACAGGCUCUACGGCGCCGCCGGAGGUUUUGAUGACAAGAUCUGCAUCGUCGGCGCCGGCGCCGCGGGCUUGUACGUGGCCAUGAUGCUCAAGUACCUUGGCAUCACAAACGUCGACAUCCUCGAGGCCUCUGACCAUGCCGGCGGUCGGUGUGCCACAUACACCUUUACUGACUCUACACCCUGUACUCAUAACUACUACGACGUGGGCGCGAUGAGGAUUCCGGAUAUUCCCGGCAUGGCUUCGACUCUGAACCUCAUCAAUAAUCCCAAGCUGCUGAACAUCCCAGACAAGCUGGUUGAUUACGUGUACCGGGUCCUCGAUGCUGAUGGAAAUGGGUACGAACCGACGAGCUUUUGGUACUCCAACACCAAAUCACCCGACGGCUCCGCCUUUGAAACUGCCAUCGCGGCCGUCCUCACCCAAUUCACCACCCAAACCGAUCAGUACUACGCUGAUGGCAACGACAACUACUCGACCAGAGACUACCUCAUGCUGAAGGCUGGCCUGACUUACGACCAAACCAUGUCUGGCGAGACAAGUGAUACAUCCACCGGGCUCUUCGACCAGGCCCUCACCGAGACGCUUUGCGAUUACAGCGACUUCAACGCGGCGACGAAGAAGCCCUGGUACCGACUCGAGGGCGGCAUGUCUGUGGUGACCGACACCAUGAGGAGCACGGUAGAAGGCUCAAGCUGGCCCGAUACCACGACUCCUGCCAUCAAGGUCACCUGCUCGACGCCCGUCGUGGCCAUGGGCCUUUCCUCCGACGGCACCGCCAUCGAGGUGACGACGGCCGACCAGAACGGCAAGCCCCAGCCCCCGACUCAGUACGGCAUGGUCUUCAACACGACGGCCAUGGCGCCGCUCCAGCGCAUGGACAUUCAAGGCCUCGGUCUCGAUGACGGAAUCCUCACGGGCAUCCGCGCGCUCAGCUACGACCGCGCCACCAAGGUCGCCAUCAAGUUCAAGACGCGCUGGUGGGCGAGCUUCUACCAGGGCAACGACAAGUACGGCGGCGUCUCGUCCUCGGACCUCCCCAUCAGCAACGUCGUCUACCCCUCCUGGGACGACGGCGCCGACAGCCCCAACGUCCUCAUGGUCUCCUACUCGUGGGCCCAGGACGCGUCGCGCAUGGCGGCCCUCGUGCCCGACUACACCAAGGUCGCCCCGCAGCAGAGCGACGCCAUCGUCGCCGUCUGCCUCCAGGGCCUCGUCAAGCUGUGGGCCGGCCAGCCCAAGCCGCCGAGCUUCGACGACCUGUGGGGCGACUAUGCGGCGCACCACGCCUGGGCGUGGUCGCACGACCCGUUCACCGGCGGCGCGUUCGCCCUGUUCGGCCCGGGCCAGUUCAGCAACCUGUACCCGCCGUUCCAGGACAUGUUCUGCGGCAACAAAUUCACCAUGUGCGGCGAGGCGCUGAGCGCGCACCACGCCUGGAUCUCGGGGGCGCUAGACAGUGCGUACGGUGCGGUGCUGAGGUGGCUGUUGUCGCGGGACAUGUUCGUCGAGGCUGCCAAGCUGAAGCUGUCGCCAUUCGGUCUCGGCAAGGGGGAGCACGCGGAGGAGAUCGACGAGACGCUGGUGCACUGGACGGUCAAGCUGAGCGGGAAGUAG